UUCAGAAAUGCCAUCUAGUGAGUCACCAAAGGACUCACACAGGAGAAAAACCAUAUGAGUGUCCAGAUUGUGGUAAAGGUUUCACUCAAAAAUCUCACCUAGUGAAUCACCAGAGGACUCACACAGGAGAGAAGAUAUAUGAAUGUCUGGAUUGUGGGAAAGGUUUCAUUACAAAAUUCCACCUAACAAGACACCAAAGUCACACACAGGAGACAAGCCUUUUAAAUGUCGUAAUUGUGGGAAAAGUUUCAGUCACAAUUCCAGCCUCAUGAAACACCAGAGCACUCACACAGGAGAGAAACCUUUUGAGUGUCCUGAUUGUGGGAAAAGUUUCAGUCAGAAUUGUGACAUGGUGAUACACCAGAGGACUCACACAGGAGAGAAAUUGCAUGAGUGCCCAGACUGUGGGAAAAAUUUCGUUCAUAAAUCCCACCUAGUGAAUCACCAGAGAACUCACACAGAUGAGAAACCGUAUGAGUGUCUGGAUUGUGGGAAAAGGUUCAGUCAGAAUUCCCACCUGGUGAACCACCAGAGGACUCACACAGGAGAGAAACUGCAUGAAUGCCCAGAUUGCGGGAAGCGUUUCAAUCACAAAUCCCACCUAGUGAAUCACCAGAGAACUCACACAGGAGAUAAACCUUAUGAGUGCCCAGAUUGUGGCAAAAGUUUCAGUCAGAAUUCCAACCUGGUGAAUCACCAAAGGAUUCACACAGGAGAGAAACCCUAUGACUGUCCUCAUUGUGGGAAAAGUUUCAGUCACAGUUCCAGCCUAGUCAUACACCAGAGGUCUCAUACAGGAGAGAAACCUUUUGAAUGUCCUAUUUGUGGGAAAAGUUUCAGUCGGUAUUGCAGCCUGGUGAACCACCAGAGAACUCACACAGGAGAGAAACCCUUUGAAUGUCCUGAUUGUGGGAAAAGUUUCAGUCACAAUUCCAGCCUAGUGAAACAUCAGAGGACUCACAAAGGAGAAAAACCGUAUGAGUGUCCUGAUUGUGGGAAAAGUUUCAGUCACAAUUCCAGCCUAGUGAUACACCAGAGGACUCACACAGGAGACAAACCUUUUGAGUGUCCUGAUUGUUGGAAAAGUUUCAGUCACAAUUCCAGCCUGCUGAUACACCAGACAAUUCAUACAGGAGAGAAACCUUUUGAAUGUCCUGAUUGUGGGAAAUGUUUCAGUCACAAUUCCAGCCUGGUGAAACACCAGAGGACUCACACAGGAGACAAACCCUUUGAAUGUCCUGAUUGUGUGAAAAGUUUCAGUCAGAAUUCCAGCCUGGUGAAACACCAGAGGACUCACAUGGUAGAGAAACCCUUUCAAUGUGUCGAUUGUGGGAAACGCUUCAAUCUCAAUUCCAGCCUGGUGAUACACCAGAGGACUCACACAGGAGACAAACCCUUCGAGUGUCCUGAUUGUAUGAAAAGUUUCAGUCAGAAUUCCUGCCUGGUGAAACACCAGAGGACUCAUACAGGAGAGAAACCCUUUCAAUGUAUUGAUUGCGGGAAACAUUUCAGUCUCAAUUCUAGCCUGGUAAUACACCAGAGGACUCACACUGGAGAGAAACCAUUUGAAUGUCCUAUUUGUGGGAAAAGUUUCAGUCAGUACUGCAGCCUGGUGAUACACCAGAGGACUCACACAGGAGAGAAACCAUUUGAUUGUCUUGUUUGUGGAAAAAGUUUCAGCCAGAAUUCCAACCUGGUGAAACACCAGAGGACUCACACGGGAGAAAAACCCUUUGAAUGUAUUGAUUGUGGGAAACGUUUCAGUGUGAAUUCUAGCCUAGUGAUGCACCAGAGGACUCACACAGGAGAGAAACCGUUCGAAUGUCCUAUUUGUGGCAAAAGGUUCAGUCAGAAUUCCAACCUGGUGAUACAUCAGAGGACUCACACAGGAGAGAAACCCUUUGAAUGUCUUGAUUGUGGGAAAAGCUUCUGUGAAAACAGCAACUUGGUGAUACAUCAGAGGACUCACACCAGGGAGAAGCCGUAUGACUGUCCUGACUGUGGGAAAAGUUUCAUGGCAAACCCCCACCUGGUGAUCCAUCAGAGGACUCACACAGGAGAGAAACCCUUUGAAUGUUCUGACUGUGGGAAAACUUUCAGUCAGAAUUGCAAUCUGGCGAUACACCAGAGGACUCACACAGGAGAAAAAUCAUAUGAGUGUCCUGAUUGUGGGAAAAGUUUCAUGACAAAUUCUCACUUGGUGUUACACCAGAGGACUCACACAGGAGAGAAACCCUUUGAAUGUCCUGAUUGUGGGAAAAGUUUCAGUCACAGUUCCAACCUAGUAAGACACCAGAGGACUCACACGGGGGAGAAACCUUUUGAAUGUCCUGUCUGUGGGAAAAGUUUCAGUUAUACUUCCAACCUGAUCAGACACCAGAGGACUCACACAGGAGAGAAACCAUUUGAAUGUCCUGAUUGUGGGAAAAGUUUCAGUCAGAACUCUGACCUGGUGAAUCAUCAAAGAAUUCACACAGGAGAGAAACCCUUUGAAUGUCCUGAUUGUGGGAAAAGUUUCAGUCAGAAUUCCCACCUAGUGAUACAUCAGAGGACUCAUACAGGAGAGAAACCCUUUGAAUGUCCUGAUUGUGGGAAAAGUUUCAGUCAGAAUUCCCACCUAGUGAUACACCAGGUGACACAUACAGGAGAGAAACUCUACGAAUGUCCAGAGUGUGGGAAAAGUUUCAGCUACCGUUCUAACCUGAUGAAACACCUGAGGAUUCACACAGGGGAGAAACCAUAUGAGUGUCUAGAGUGUGGGAAAAGUUUCAGUUCCCAUUCUAACCUGGGAAAACACCAGAGGACUCACACAGGAGAGAAGCCGUAUGAGUGUCCAGAAUGUGGGAAAAGUUUCAGUUACCCUUCUGUGCUUGUGAAACACCAGAGGACCCACACAGGAGAGAAGCCCUACAAGUGCUCCCAAUGUGGUAAAUGCUUUACCGAAAAUGGCAACUUGGUGAUACAUCAAAGGACCCACACGGGAGUGAAACCGUAUGAGUGUCCGAAUUGUGGGAAAAAAUUCAGUUACCAUUCUGACCUGGUGAAACACCAGAGGACACACACAGGAGAGAAACCGCAUGAGUGUCCAGAUUGUGGGAAAGAUUUUAGCACCCGUUCUAACCUUAUAAAUCAUGUAGUUUUACACACAGGGGAAAAACCUUUCAUAUGUCCAGUCUGUGGACAAUUCUUCAGGCACAAAUCAUCUCUUAUGGCACACAAGGAAAUCCACAUGAGGCCAACAUUGAUGAGUUUAGAGAAGCCUUGAAUUUCAUUUCUGAUCUCCCAUUGUGAGUGUAGAUGAGAAAUUGACUCCUUGAAUUCUGGCCUGAUUCUUUUUUUAGUCAAACAUGUUUCAGGAUUAGGCUUGUAGGUGGACAGAAAGAAGUAGAAACUAUUAGUUUGAUAAAAGCUAACUACCUGUUUUUCGUUUUCAGCAGAAAUUUCUGGAUAUUUCCUUUUUCAGAAGUUACUUAAUUCCUCAAAAAAGCUUUUGGGCGGCAUCUUUUGUAUAUUGAUUAAGGAAUUCUACCUUGUUGUCCUCCAGAUGUUGAGCCUCAGAAUUCCCCAGCCAUCAUACAAGUAGUCCUUUGGCCUACCAAUUACAGUUUCAUGUUGCAACAGCCGCUAAAGGAAGACUGCUUUUCUUAACUACCCCCAACCCUUUGCUCUCCCUGAUGCAGCCCUUAAAUGAAUGUAUGAGUUGUUAAUGGUACACUGGCUACCUCUAUGUUGGGGGCAUAGUGUAGGCCCAGUCUUGGCUUCCAAAGGCCUCCCCUAUCCCAACCUUUGGGUCCCCACAGAUCUUUGCUUCCCUCACAGAGUCCACCUGGGACUUUUCACUCCCACUGGGUUUCUGCAAUCCUUAGGCCUGACUCCCACCCCACCAGGCCUCCUCCUCCUUACCUUUUGAUGAUCUCUGAACCUCAUGUUGGGGAAGGAGGGGAGGACACACAUCCCUGGGCCACAUGACUGUAUCAUGGAAGUAGCUGUUAUUUUCAGUGUGCCUGGGAUUCAUAGACCUGUGGAAGCAGCUGCCAUUUUGCCACAUCUGCUUCUGGGUCAUGGUCAUGGAGAAACUGUUCUAUUUUGCUACAUUAACACUGUUGAGACUCCAUUAGGGGAUUGUGGGUACACUGAAAAUGAUGGCUGUCUCCAGGAGAUCUUCAAAAGGUAAGUGUGUUGGGUGACAGGCAUGUGGGGAGUAGGCCCAAGGCCCAGUGAAAACAACAAUAUAGAAUUUCACAUGUAAAGGCUAAUGUGCCUUGCAGAUAAACCUGAUGGAGAAGAGCUUUUAGGAAUAUCCCCGAAGAUGCUUUUUCAUGAGGCAACUGGACUUCGUUUUUCUUUGAAGACCUUUCACUUCUCAUCCAAGAAGCUGCUUCAGCUCUGCCUGGAUGGUGGAGAAUGGAAGGAUUUAUAUUCCUUGAAGACAGCUGGUCAUUUGCAUUCUUUUAGGGCAGGGGUGUCAAACUUGCAACGUCAUGUGACGUGUCGUGACAUAUGACUUUUUUGCCAUUUCUGACAAUGGAGUGGGCGUGGUUUCGCUAUGCAUUGUGUAAGAAUUAAUAGCUUUUGACAAAGAAAAAAUUAGGUAGUGUCAGUGUUGCUAUGAACAUUAGGGCAGGGCAAGACACUCAGAGUGCCCUCAAAUUGUGAUGUGCAGUGAAUACAUCUAAUAAAAUUGUAAUGUAAAGCCCUUUUCUCAA